AUGCCAAACGAUCCGUCUGAUAACCAAUUGAAGAACUACAAGGCGACUUAUCCAAAGCCGCAAGUGAUUACCACCUCAAAUGGAGCCCCAAUCUAUACCAAAACCGCUGUCCUGACAGCUGGAAGACGUGGACCAAUGCUGAUGCAAGACGUCGUUUAUAUGGAUGAAAUGGCUCAUUUCGAUCGCGAACGAAUCCCAGAGCGUGUUGUCCAUGCCAAAGGAGCCGGAGCUCAUGGCUACUUUGAAGUCACUCAUGACAUCUCCAAGUACUGUAAAGCAGACAUUUUCAACAAGGUAGGAAAGCAGACCCCACUGCUGGUUCGUUUCUCAACUGUCGGUGGAGAGAGUGGAUCCGCUGAUACAGCUCGUGAUCCUCGUGGAUUUGCUAUUAAGUUUUACACUGAGGAAGGCAACUGGGACUUGGUUGGAAACAACACUCCAAUUUUUUUCAUCCGGGAUCCAAUCCAUUUCCCGAACUUUAUUCACACACAGAAGAGAAAUCCACAAACCCAUUUGAAAGAUCCGAAUGCGAUUUUUGAUUUCUGGCUUCACAGACCAGAGGCUCUUCAUCAAGUGAUGUUCUUGUUUGGAGAUAGAGGACUUCCAGAUGGAUACCGUCAUAUGAAUGGAUACGGAUCUCAUACUUUCAAAAUGGUGAACAAGGAAGGAAAGGCUGUGUAUUGCAAGUUCCAUUUCAAGCCAACCCAAGGAGUCAAGAGCUUAACUGUCGAAAAGGCUGGUCGUCUUGCUUCUGAAGAUCCAGACUAUUCGAUUCGCGACUUGUUCAAUGCUAUCGAAAAGGGAGACUUCCCAGUAUGGAAGAUGUUCAUCCAGGUGAUGACUUUCGAGCAAGCCGAGAAAUGGGAAUUCAAUCCAUUCGAUGUGACCAAGGUCUGGCCACACGGAGAAUUCCCAUUGAUUGAAGUCGGAAAAAUGGUGCUUAAUAGAAAUCCAAGAAAUUAUUUCGCUGAGAUCGAGCAAUCCGCAUUCUGCCCAGCUCACAUUGUUCCAGGAAUUGAAUUCUCUCCGGAUAAGAUGCUUCAAGGCCGCAUUUUCUCUUACACUGACACUCAUUUCCAUCGCCUCGGACCAAACUACAUUCAACUUCCAGUCAACUGCCCAUACCGUUCCCGUGCUCACAACACCCAACGCGACGGUUCGAUGGCUUAUGACAACCAACAACAUGCUCCAAACUAUUUCCCUAACAGUUUCAACUAUGGAAAAACUCGCUCUGAUGUCAAGGAUAACGUAUUCCAAACCGUCGGAGAUGUUGAUCGCUAUGAGAGUGGAGACGACAACAACUAUGAGCAGCCACGUGUGUUCUGGGAGAAGAUUCUGGAUACAGGAGCUCGUGAGAGAAUGUGCCAGAACUUUGCGGGAGCUCUUGGAGGAUGCCAUGACUUCAUUGUUGCUGGAAUGUUGGAUCAUUUUACAAAGGUUCACCCAGAUUUUGGAGCUCGUGUUAAGGCUCUCAUCCAGGCUCAAACUCGUUCCCACAUCUAA